AGGGUCGGCACUGUUGACGUCUAACAGCUUCAGUUACACCGCGGGCAGGCUGCAUCUCCCCCCCUAUAAAAACAGGUUUUUGGUACAUUUGACAAUCUCCUCAGGUGGACUCUUUCUUUUUCCAGUGACACCAGAGUGAAGGCCCAAAGGAGAGCUGUCCAGAUAUCCGGCCAGUAUGUCCAGUGAUCCUCCUCCUCCGUACCCCGGAGGUCCUAGUGCUCCACUCAUUGAAGAGAAGAAUGGACAACCUGAAACGGCUCCUAUAAGAACUGCUCCUCAACAGGGACAGCCGUUGCCUCCAGACUAUGGUCCUCCACCCUAUGAGGCCCCACAUCUAGGCUUUCUCCCCCCACAUGUUCCUGGAGAGGGGCCCAUGCCCAUGCCUAUGCCAAUGCCGCCACCACCCCAAGGUGGUCCCUACCCACCACCACACUAUCCUCACCCUAUUCCAGGACAGAUGGGCCCUGGUCCCGGUCACUUUGUCCACAUGGGAGGUCACACGGCGACCGUCCUUGCUCCUCCAGGAGCAGCCACCACUGUGACUGUACUGCAGGGGGAAAUGUUCCAGACCACACCGGUGCAGACCGUGUGUCCGCACUGUCAGCAGGCAAUCGUCACCCGCAUCUCCCACGAUGUUGGCCUCAUGAACACACUCUUCUGCCUCUUCUGCUUCUUUGUUGGGUGUGAUCUCGGCUGCUGCUUGAUUCCCUGUCUGAUUGAUGACCUCAAGGAUGUGACACACACCUGCCCUUACUGUAAGGGUUACAUUUACACAUACAAGCGUAUAUGCUAACCACCGACAGCUGUAUGCUACAGAGACAUGUUCAAGCACAAAACAUAAAAUAUCACAGCUCCUCCUGCUGGUAGUGACAGGCUUCUCACCCCAUUUUUGCAAAGUGUUGUGUAGCCCUCUUUAAUUUGUAAGUGCAGUUUUCUCAUUAGUUCACUGAAUAUUUACUGUAUAUAUCUUUCAGCGUAAUACUUUAAUGUAUAAACAUGCAUUUGAAAUGUACAAAUAUCUCACUGAACUUCAGAAGACUUAGGGCACUAAAACAUCCACAGAGAUGGAUAGGCAGCAGAUAUACAGGUGCAUCCUGUGUAAAACUGGAUAAAAUGCUUGUAAUUUAACGCUUGUAAAUGAAAAAAAAAUGGAAAAAAACCAGCGGAUAGACAAAUAGCCUCAGUUAGGGAAAGCUGUGAAAAUUGUCACUUUAUUUGAACUCAUCUGUGAAUCAUGCUGAAAAGCAAGCCAAUUGAAGUUAAAAUCCACCAGGUUAGCAUUUGUUUUUUCUGUAUAUUUAUUUUGAAUAUUUUAUCCAAUAUUUUAACGAGUUAAUAUUGAAAACUGUGAACAUUUUCGUCCAUGUCUGAUAAUUUUGUUCUAACGGACCUAGUUUUUUCCUUUUAUCAUAAUCUUUUCUUUUUUUUUCUCGAAUGUGUGCAAUCAGAUUUUCAUCUUGCUUGUUUGGGAACGCCCAAGAUCGCUUCUUUUUUCUCUCCUUCUUUUAUUAUUCUGGGCUUCAGUAAGUGGUCCCAAAAUGUUACGUGAUUUACAGUUGAGCUGUUACGCAUCAGUGCCCUCUGUCCAUAUUGCUUAUUUAAUAAAGCCAACAUUUGCACUUUAUGUUGAAAUUCACAUCUGAUGCAAAAAAUAAACCUCAGCUAAUCCUUUCUUUGAGAUAUUAUGACAUUGAGGAGGUAAAAAAAAAAGUGAUUUAAAAUGUCAUCUUAUACGUAAAAGCAGUGUGUAUUUUUUUGGCUUUUACUGGGUUUAAGUUGGGUUUGGCGUUAACUAAGUGAAUCCCACCACACAUGCAAAUAUUCAAAUUAUAGCAUAGGCAAAGUAGAGCUGACAUGCAUAGGGUGUGUUACUGUUACUGGUGGAGAUGACGCUGCGUGACAUCAGUGGUCUUGCGUCCUCUCUCUGGCCGUAUAAUCGAGUGUUUUUGGAGUUUUAUGCAUCAGCCCGAUACACCGCUCCACACUAGAUCACCUACUCAUUGAAACUGUUGGCUGCUUAUUUGUCGGUGGCACAGUAAACAGGUAGCUAGUUUAAAAUAGAAAAAAAACAAGUACAUUGGCAAAAAAGCACCAGUGGUGGCAGGAUCAUCACAUACGUUUUAUAGCUUCUCUAAUAUUGUGUCAGCCCUUUAAGAUUACCCGCAUUGCUCAAAUGCAUGUUAGAUAAUGAGGGCAGAUGUCUUUUGACUAAUUCUAUAAUUACGAAAAUAUAGUAUAAUCUCUGCUAGGAAUAAGCUAUAAAUAAUUGAUUGUAUGAGACAUCUUGCAAAGUUACAUAGUGAUUCCAUCGUUAAUACUAACAAAGCAUCUUUCCACCACAGCAUGCCCCAUCCGCUUUUCUCUUCACGAGAGUGCAGAGUUCGGCUGCAUGAGCCACACGUCUCAAUAAAUAACUCUCACGGGCUAGUUCCUUGACUCUAUGUGCAUUUAAUUUCUUUUGUUUUUUUUUCCUUGAGGCUAAACUAAGCUGUGCAAAGAAAGUCAAUUUUGAGUUUGAAGGACUGCAGUGAACUUUUAAUACGAAGUACUCUAUGCCAUUGUUGUGGAUGAUUCUGGUCUGCAUUGCUCUCUAAAUGUCUGUGAUAUGUAUAACUAUGUAAGUCAAAAAUUUGUUUGACUGUUGUAUACAGGUACUAUUUUAUCAAUAAAAGUCAGAACAUGA